AUGUCUGAUGUAUUACCAACGAACUCUGUUAUAGUAGUGUAUGUUGAUGGCUCUUUCUGGCAGGCAGGGUUUGGAACGCCAAGUAAUCUUGAAUGCGAUUGCAGGGUAAGGGCAGGAUAUGGAAUUUAUUUCCCAGCGGAUUACGAAAUGAAUGAUCAGUUUCAUUCUGGUCGAGCACCACACUAUGUUCGGACAAAUAAUGACGCUGAAAUUUAUGCCAUUAUCAAAGCAAUGGAAUUAUGCGAGAAUCGAGAUUCAAGAUUGUUUGUUUAUACGGAUUCACUCAAUACGGUCAGAAUGGUAGAGGAAUACAACAUUUGGCAACGCAAUUACGGUUACGGCUAUGGACCUGUACUUAACAAGCUAUUUCAAAAUAUGGCUUUUUUCAAUACUAGACCAGAAUUGGUUUAUGUUCGUGGUCAUUCAGGCAAUCAUGGGAACGAUACAGCACACGAAUUGGCUCAUCAAGGCAUGCGAGAAUCAUGCUGUCAUCUACGCUGCAUCAGAUAA